CUAUUAUAACAUCGUUGACAGAGAAAAGGCUCACAAGACAAAACAGGAAUAAAUUAACCAAAAACUCCAUUACUUUCUUAUACAUCAAGAAGGGUUGUUUGGCAUGAAAUCUGACAUUUUAAAAUAAAAAGAAAAAAAGAAACAAGAAUAGAACAUCUUCACCACUCUCUUCGUUCGUCAACUAUCCGUUUUAUAAACAUGCCCAAAAUAUGUCGACCCAAGACAGAGAUGAAGAGCUAGUUUUGUUCCUGGAGAUUGGUCGUCCCGAAAAAAGUGACCAAGCUUAGCUUCUAAAGAGUCCGUUUUCAUUUAUAUAUUGCUCAACAAUUGUAUUAAAUAUGUUAAUCGAAUUUUUAUCUUCUUUUUAUGUUCUGUCUUUUGCGGAAUCUUCAGAUCAUUGUAAGAGUAGUACGAUUCCAUGUCGUCUCAGCGAUAUGCACUCCGGAGAACUGCCGCCGAUAACUUUUUGUACUCCGAAGACGAGAAGUCCGAUUACGAUUGGCUGGUUACGCCACCGGGCUCACCGAAUAAAAGCUCCGUGAACCAACUCGAUGCACCCGAUGCCACCUUGACGAUGGCUCUUAAAUCCCGGUUAGAGAAUUGCCGUGAAGAAGAGAGGGACAGAACAUCAUCCAAAAAUCAAACAAUUGGGCUCAAACGACCCUCGUCCUCUAACAGCUCAAGGUCAACGAUUAGACCUUCCACACCAGCCAGAAGGUCUACAACGCCAGCCACAAGGUCAACGCCUCCGACUUCGCAUGUCAUCUCAACAGGUGCACGUCCUAACUUAACCUCGUCCUCUACUAGUAACUCACGAUCAACGAGCAGACCUUCUACACCAACCAGAAGGCCUUCUAGCUCUGGAACUUCACGUGCCACCUCAACAGCUGCGCGUGUCACAUUAACCUCGUCAUCUACUUGUACAACAAGUUCAACGAGCAGACCUUCUACACCACCAAGAAGGCCUUCUACUUCUGGAACCUCACGUGCUAAUUUAACCACAUCCCGUGCCACCACUAGUGCAGCCACGUCUGCACGAUCCAAUACCCGGCCAAUGUCGACACCCAGUACAAAACCGGGAUCUAGGUCAAGUACUCCAACUCGCCGUCCACCAACUCCGACAGGAUCAUCAACUGUAUCGAGAAGUAAACCAACUAAACCGGUAUGUAAACCGGCGGCUCCCUUACCUUCAUUGAGAUCACGGCCAUGGGAACCUUACGAGAUGCCUGGUUUCUCUCUAGAAGCGCCGUCAAAUCUCAGGACUACUUUACCAGACAGACCACAAACGGCGUCAAGUCGCAGAACCACAGCGUUUGGUGCGUCUAGUUCAAGAUCAGCGUCCAUAGAACGCACAGUUACAAGGAGGCAGUCUUGUUCGCCUUCUAGAAACCGAGUUCCGAUUGGUAACGCGAAGGGACCUGGGCGAGCAAAGACAAGCAACGAUGAUGGUGGUGGUUUGAUCAGCCCUGUAGCUAAAGGGGUUCAAAUGGUGGAGAGAGUUGUGAGUGCGAGAAAACUUGCUCCACCGCGGCUGACAGAAAAAGGCGGCUCGAACGCUGGGAAGUCGAGUUCGGGAGCUGAUGGUGUUGGGUUUGGGAGAAACCUAUCUAAAAGCUCCUUCGAUAUGGCCUUGAGGCAUAUGGAUAUCAAACAAGGGAGCAUGAAAGGAAAUUUCCGACAGCUAGCGACGAAAGUACCGGCAGCUUCAUUGUACAGUGUGAGGUCAUCAGGGACUAGGAGAAAGCGUCCUGUGAGCAGCAGUGGGAGCUCGGAAUCAUCGAGUGUUAUCAUCUUGUGCUUGGACGGUAGCGAUGAUAAUAUCAGCGACAUAAGCUACUAGAGUCAACCUCAACAUCAUCUUCUUCUUUUCAUUUUCUCUUUCUUUUGUAGUAGAAAAAAAAACUAUAUAAAAGGUUUUGAGUGAUUUCUUGGUGAGGCUAAAGAUAUUCUUAUUUUUACCUAAGGCUUUAAGUGUUUAGAGCGGCCAUGAUUUUUGGUUCAUGUGUUUACUUUGGCUAAGAGACCAUUGUUUUGCAAAUUUUAAAAGAAAGAUUUGACAAUAAUGAA